GGAGGCGGCGCUGCCCCGCGUCUCGUACAGCGGCGCCCAGCUGCUGAGGGUGACGGCGCCGGCGGACGCUGCAGACGAGGUCCGCGUCGUACUCCGAGACAAUGAAGACGUGAUGGUGUGGAGCGACGCGCAGGCCAACGGCACGGUCUCGCUGGACGUGCUGGUGAAGCGGCCGGGGGCGGCGGAGGCGACGCGCCGCCGUCUGCUGGAGGCGGGCGCAGCCGUCGAGGUGGCCGCCGACGACCUGCAGCGCGCCAUCGACGAGGAGAACCCGCCCAUGUCCGACGAGGACCUCGACGAGCUGAUGGGCCGCAACGGCCACCGCAUGGAGUGGCAGUCGUACCACCGGCUGGCGGACAUCCACCAGUUCCUCGACUUCCUGGCCGCGACCUACCCGCAGCGCUUCAGCGUGCAGACCAUCGGCAGCUCGGUGCAGGGCCGGCCGCUCAAGGUGGUGCGCGUCUCUUCCGGCAAACCCGGCGCUCCCGCCAUCUGGGUCGACGGAGGUAUCCACGCACGCGAGUGGAUCUCGCCGGCGUCGGUGACGUAUUUCCUGAACACGCUGGUGGAGCAGCCAGAGGCGCUGGGAGCGGCGGGCUCUUCCGUGGACUGGUUCGUGCUGCCCGUCGUCAACCCGGACGGCUACGAGUUCUCUCACUCGUCCGACCGACUGUGGCGCAAGAACCGCGGCGGCAGCGGCAGCGGGCGGUGCGCGGGGGUCGACCUCAACCGCAACUUCGGCUACCGCUGGGGCGGCCAGGGCGCCAGCAGGCGGCCCUGCGACGAGACGUACGCCGGGCCCUCCAAGUUCUCCGAGCCCGAGACCUCCGCCAUCCGCAACUUCGUCUCCGCAAACCGCAACAUAAAGGCGUACGUGUCGUUCCACAGCUACGGGCAGUACGUGCUGUACCCGUGGGGCUACGCGGCUGUGGUGCCGCCCGACCACGAGGAGCUGAAGCGCGUGGGCCAGCGCAUAGCGUCCGCCAUCGCGCGCGGGGGUGGCGGCUCCUACACUGUGGGGCCGGCGGGAGCCACGCUCUAUCCCGCCUCUGGCGGCUCUGACGACUGGGCGAAGGGCUCGCAGGGCAUCAAGUACGCGUACACGGUGGAGCUGAGGGACCGCGGCCGGCACGGCUUCGUGCUGCCCGCGCAGUACAUCGUGCCCACCGGGAGGGACGCCGUGGCGGCGCUGGCGGUGGUCGCAGAGGCCGUCACCAAGCUGUGA